AUGUCUGCUCCUGUUAUGUGCCCUUCUCACCCAGAAGUACAUUUGAUUGAAGAUCAUCGAGCGGGUGAUUUGGUUUGUCCAGCAUGUGGUUUGGUAGUUGGUGAUAGGUAAGAUUUGUUGAUUUGAUGUUUAGAAUGUGUUUUCGAAUGUUUUUUUUUUCAGAUUGGUGGAUGUUGGAACAGAAUGGCGUUCAUUUUCAAACGAAAGAAGUGGAAAUGAUCCUUCUCGUGUUGGUGCACCAGAAAACACUUUAUUGAGUGGUGGUGAUUUGAGUACAACAAUUGCUGUUGGUUUUGGUGGAUCGGAUAGUGAUAAUAGCUUGGCGAAUGCGCAAAGAAAAUCAAUGAAUAAUUCGGAUCGACAAAUGACACAAGCAAUGAGUUUGAUUCGAGAAAUGGGUGAAAGAAUCCAUUUGACAAAGAAUAUUCAGGUUUGUUUAAAAAUAUGAGUGGUAAGAAAUAAAGUUCCAUUUUUACAGGAUAAUGCUGCGAGAAUUUUCAAAGAUGUCUUGGAUAGCAAAGCUCUUCGUGGAAAAAAUAACGAAGCUCAAGCAGCUGCAUGUUUAUAUAUUGCUUGUCGUAAAGACGGUGUUCCAAGAACAUUCAAAGAAAUUUGUGCGAUUUCACAAGUUUCCAAAAAGGAGAUUGGAAGAUGUUUCAAAAUUAUUAUCAAGAAUUUGGAGACCAAUUUGGAACAGAUUACAUCUGCCGAUUUUAUGUCAAGAUUCUGCGGAAAUUUAUCACUUCCAAAUUCGAUUCAAGCGGCUGCCACAAGAAUUGCGAAAAGAGCUGUUGAAAUGGAUCUUGUUGCAGGGUAAAUAAAUAAGGAAGUCGUGUAAAUUCAAAACACGAUUAACAUUUAUUCCAGACGUACUCCUAUUUCAAUUGCCGCAGCUGCAAUUUACAUGGCAUCGCAAGCUUCGGCAGAAAAAAGAAAUGCAAAAGGUUGUUUUUGAAACCCAAUUUGUUUCAUAGUAUUGUAAACAAAAAUAUUUUCUAGAAAUCGGAGAUGUUGCUGGAGCUGCUGAAAUUACUGUAAAACAAACUUAUAAAUUGUUGUAUCCAAGAGCAGCUGAACUUUUCCCCGAAGAUUUUCGUUUUGUAACUGCAAUUGAGAAUUUGCCAUCAUCAUGA